UAAGAAUAUGUCACAUUCUUCCCCGAGAUAUAGAGCUGAAUCGAUUUGAUCUUGUCAGUAGUUUAUGUCACAUAGCUGCCCACAGCGGGAUUGGCUUCUCGGGAUCUCAUCUCCAGUACCACGUUUCCAAGCUGUCAGCCAACAAUUAGCGCACUUUGAAAGGGAUGCGGCUUUUCCCUAGGACGCUGCUGAACGAUGAGAUGUGAGAGGAGUCCACCGCCGUCCACCAACACAUAACUUCACUGCAUUCAUGCCUCACUUCUCCCAGUUGCACGGCGGCGCCUUGCUUUCCAUACCACCCGCGGCACAGAGCCAAGGAGCUGCUUGGAACGCUGCUUCCUCACCGAGGGGGGAAGAAGAAAUCAAAUUUUCUGAUGGAUAUUGAUGGUUUUUCACUCAGAGGGACAAGUGAAUGCAAGAAGAUUCGUUUCUGGAUUAGGCUGCGUUGGCGGGACGCUAGUGAGGGGAGUAUUAGAGAGUCCGGAUCUGAUCUGAGUGCGGAUUAGCGGGAUUUAGUGCACCGUUACCCGGGCAUGGAAGAAGCCUUGGCAACCGCUAUGUCGCCACCGAGUGAAUGAGGCUUCUAUUGUACCGGGGGUGAGGUUCGGGGAGCAAGCUCGAAGAUCGCAGUGCACAAUGUCUUCCCAACAACCGCCAGGGUUCCCUCCCAGAAAAAGCACAAACUUACUGGAAAUCGGCACGUUUUGCCUGGAUCCUGAUAUUAUCUUUGGAUUCACCAGCCACCUUUUGAGGAGGAAACAGAAGUCACAGGUGCUGGAUGGGGGUCAGGGCAAGGAAGUGUCCUCGGAGUCCGUCCUCAGGAAAAGGUUGCAGGUGGUGGAGGAAGAUUACCGCGGCAGCCGACCCACUCCAGAGGGAGCCGGGGCCGUCUCCGCCACCGAGUCCUGCCCCUUCGAGAAGGAAGAGAAGGGAGGCUGGUGUAACGAUUGCCAAGUCAAGCUGCCAGAACCCAGGAGACAAGCGAUGAAGCUCGUCCUGCCCGGACCCACCAAGGAGCCAGGGUUUUCGGCGUUUAUUUUUGACAAGCUUCAAGUGGCCGACACUUCGAAACGAGGUCGAAAUGAUGGCGGCGAGAGCAGGUGCGAGAUUUGCGCGACGCAUCUGAAUCAACUGCGGAAGGAAGCCAUUCAGACGGUCCAUCAUCUCGGUCAAGUAUCUGGUCAGGGUAUACCUGAGCCCGCACACUCUACCAAUGCCGUUCCUUCAGGCAACGCUCCCCAAAAUGUGGUCACACUGUCAUCGCAAAGAGAUUGGCCCUUUGUCAGAGGACAAAUGAGCAGGCAGCCGGUAAAAUCUGGAAAUGUGAUAUCUGGUGCAGAGAGACGGAACGGACCAGGCUGGUGCCAGGGUGCUGGCAGCCUUUCCAAGUCCAGUGUUCAAGUCACUGUUGGUUCCAGUGGUCUGAGCAAUGCUCUGAACUCAGUCACCAUACAAGCACAGCAGUAUCUCGAGGGUAUGUGGAGCAUCUCCAGGGUCAACAACUUUCUUCCUCAUAACUAUUUGACACAAACAACAAUGACGGAGAAUGGGAAAGAAGGUUUAUCUCAAGAGACCGUCAUGCCACAGAACAGCAACGGGCAGACCUUGGUCGCAGGGACUCCAGCCGCUCAAAGUUCAUUAUUGUCUGGGAGGAUUUCUUCUGGCACCUCUGCUGCAGCUUCUUUCUUCAUCAGAGCGGCACAGAAGCUGAAUCUCUCCUCAAAGCAAAAGAAAAGCCAUCCACUUCUCCCACAUUCUCGUGAGCCUUCAAGCUGCAGAACAAAUUUCAGUGGCAUUUUGCAAGUGUCCCCUCCCCCAGCGCCUCCAUGCCUUCUGAGGGCUGUGUGCAAAGUCAAGGAUAACCCAGGCAUUGGCAAGGUGAAGGUAAUGGUACGGAUCUGUUCUUCGCAUGGAGCUAAUGAUACAUCUGAGUCGAUGUCUUUUCUGAAGGUAGACGCUCGCAAAAAACAAAUAACCCUUUACGACCCCUCUGUGAGCGGCCAUUUAGGUUUUACCCACCGGAGAACAGUUGUCGCCGCUCCAAAAAUGUUUGCCUUUGACGCCGUCUUCACUCAAGAUGCCUCACAAGCAGAGGUCUGCUCAGGAACAGUGGCAGAAGUCAUUCAGUCAGUUGUGAAUGGUGCAGAUGGCUGCAUAUUCUGUUUUGGUCACGUCAAACUUGGCAAGACGUACACUAUGAUCGGGAAGGACAAUUCAACGCAAAAUCUUGGUGUUAUUCCAUGUGCGAUAUCCUGGCUUUUUAAGUUAAUAAAUGAGCGCAAAGAGAAGACGGGCACUAGGUUCUCAGUCCGGGUCUCUGCUGUGGAGAUCUGGGGUAAGGAUGAAACCCUGCGGGACUUGUUAACUGAAGUGGCCAACGGCAACCUCCAGGAUGGUCAAUCUCCCGGUGUCUACCUCCGUGAGGACCCAGUCUGUGGGACCCAGCUUCAGAAUCAAAACGAGCUGAGAGCCCCCACUGCAGAGAAAGCCGCCCACUUCCUUGACGCUGCAAUUGCCUCCAGAAGGACCAGCCGGCCAGACUGCGAUGAGGAGGAGAGAAGAAACUCCCACAUGCUCUUCACUCUUCACAUCUACCAAUAUCGGAUGGAGAAGAGCGGCAAAGGAGGAAUGUCGGGGGGACGCAGCCGAUUACACCUGGUGGACCUGGGCAGCUGUGAGAAGGUUCUCAGCAAGAGUCGGGAUGCCGGUGGUGGUCUUUGUCUGUCGCUCUCAGCUCUGGGCAAUGUCAUUUUGGCUUUAGUCAAUGGUGCUAAACAUGUUCCAUACAAAGAUAGCAAGCUCGCCAUGCUGUUGAGAGAAUCGCUGGGGAAUAUAAACUGUAGAACAACAAUGAUCACCCACAUUUCUGACUCCCCUGUCAACUAUGCAGAAACCCUCACAAGCAUUCAGCUUGCAGCACGAAUUCAUCGAAUGAGGAAAAAAAAGUCCAAGUAUGCCUCAAGUUCUUCAGGAGGAGAGAGUUCUUGUGACGAAGGUCGGAUUCGGAGACCGCCACUUUUACGGCCCUUUCAUGCAAGAACCACAGCUCUUGAUUCAGACCUCCCUGCAUUAGGAAUGUCCAGUGACCCUGAUUACUCUUCAAGCAGUGAGCAAUCGUGUGACACGGUCAUUUACGUUGGUCCCAAUGGCGCCGCGCUGUCUGAUCGAGAACUGACGGAUAACGAAGGGCCGCCGGAGUUUGUGCCCAUCAUCCCUUCCCUCAACAGGAGGAGCGAACCUAAGAGGGUCAAGGAGGCUGGUGUCGCCAUCUUGGGUAAGAAGAGUGAACGGGACUACUUCAAAUGCAACACCUUUGCUGAGUUGCAGGAGAGACUGGAGUGCAUUGAUGGAAGUGAGGAACCCAUCCGAUUUUCUUGCGAGCAAGGGCUAUUCAUCUGCAGCAGCAGUGCAGCUGGACCAAGGUUGGAGAACACACAAUUUAUCUCGGUGCAGGAAGUGGCACAAUGUGCAACGACAUUGGAACAAGUACCGUCUUCACACGUGCAUGGAAAAUAUUCUUCGGUUGAAGAAGGGCAGAGUCUGGAGCCUCUGAUUCCUGCAACGCAACAGAAUGGAUCCCCCGUGAAGAGCCCACCUCACUCAUCCCACUCCCUCACGGCAGAAUCUUUCCAAGCGCAAGGCAGGGCUGAAGGAAGCAAAGGGGAUUUAAGCGGGGAUAACGAGGCAGGAGGCGUCAAGGAGACUGUCUCAGCCGCCUUCUACGUGGCCAGAUCCAACUGCCCAACAGCAGUGGAGCAUCCACAAGCGGCGAUAACACCUGUGGUGCGGGACAAGUUGUUCUUCACUCGGAGACCUUUGCCGAGCCCCGCCCCGCCCCCGCCCCAACCAAAGGACAGACAGAGCGUUAGCUCAGAGUUCAGUGGCAGCGGCAGCAUUAGAACGCCCCCUGUAGGAAUGAGCCAUCAGGCGGCAAGUAAGCCCGAGCCCACUGCAACCGAGGGGGGCACGGCAGGUUACAGGAAUGGAUGCCAGCAUUCCGGCGCGUCCGGCGUGGGCUGCCGGAGAUCAGCGCUGUGGAGCGGCUGCGUGGAUCGGGACGUGUUAACCACCACGGUGACACUGCAGCAGCCGGUGGAGCUGAACGGAGAGGAUGAGCUGGUCUUCACCGUGGUGGAGGAGUUGUCCUUCGAAGGCGUCGGUGGUCGGCCGGCCAGCAUCAUCAGCUUUAACAGCGACUGCUCGCUGCAGGCUUUAGCUUCAGGCUCCCGACCAGUCAGCAUCAUCAGUAGCAUCAACGAUGACUUUGAAGCUUAUACCUCAACACCGACCAAUGCUGGGGCAAACCUAGACCCCACUGUGCCGCUGACUGACGACUCCUUUUGCAACUCCUCAAUCAGCUCCUGGCUGAGUGAAGUCAGCAUCUGUGCCGUUGAAAGUGAUGGAGCACAACUACCCGACACCUUUGUUGUGCAGUCUUGCUACAGUUAUGGUGGGAACUCACUGAGGCCUUUUCAUUUGGACUCAGCUGCUGGGCUGCAAGACAUUGCUGCACCAAUGGCACUGGCACAACAAAGCACCCUGAUUGACAGUGCAUUCUGCCCUGCUGAACUUGACAAUGAAAUCCCCAGCACAAGCCGACUUCUUCCCAGCGCCAACAAAAGUUCCAAUGCCUUAAGUUUAUCCAAAGCAGUGAAUGGGACUCACGAUUCAGCUGUAUGCAGGACGAGCGCCCAUUGUCCUGGCCCAGCAACUUCCGAAGAUGAUUCUGUUCACUCGUCCAGUCUUCCCAGGAAAAUACAGCCUACCUCAUCCGUGAUCCAUAGCAGUAGCACAGUACAAUGCGGAGAAACACAACGGCAAGGAGAUGAGCUUGAGGAUCCUUGGUUAUGUCGCACAAACAGCCAACUGGAACCAAAAACAGAGGACCGAGAACUUUCAAUCAAGCCUCCUCCCAAAUCUAGUACAAACUGUCAAAUGAAGCAACAGAUGAAACCUGCCCAGGGUACGGGGACCAUUCCGAGGCUGAGCAAGUUUCAGACAACCGUCUCCUGCACGCAGCGAGUUGUGUACGGAUGUGAAAUGGCAAAUAAAGUGGCCGUGGUUAGCAGCGGCGCCGGCGCAAUUGCCAGAAAAACUGAAGCCCCGGCGAGAGUAUCGCAAGCCAAGAAAGGCAAUGCAAUGGUCGCAACCAUGCCAAUAAUGCACACCAGCGCCAAUGCAGGAGCUGUGCCCAAAGACCUAUGGGACACGUGCAGCUUGAGGUCGACAAGCAGUAAGAAGGCAGCAGCGGCCAAGGCGAGCAUGUUGCCGCGGUUCAACGGAAUGCCGCCUGCCCCUCCCGUCCGCAAGUCAAGUCUGGAGCAGAAAAACAGAGCCAUGUUGCUAACCAGUGUCCAGAAAUGUACCAGCCCAGAAGCUGUUAAGGUAUUAGCACCAAAGUUAGAAAAUGAAAUAGAUCGGACGCUAAAUGUGUCUCAUUGCUUGGUUGAAGAUUGCAGUAGACCCCCAGCAAACAUCAAACCCGAGCAGUCCCCUGUUAAAAACGUUUCUGCUUCAAAAUCCAGAAUGCCUAAGCCUGACCCGAUGCAUCGCUGUGGCAGUCAGAUGUCACUGGAGAGAUGUGAUAGUCUAUUGUCGGUGGGAUCCAAGACCAGUGCGGCCAAGGAGAGUGGUCACCCUGCCAUUAGCAACAACGGCAGAGGUGGACGGUCGGUUCCGAGGCUCGGUGUGUCACCCUCGGCUCCGGUAGCGGCAACCCCACCUGUCUCCAUGGUCCCCGUGCCAGUGAAACCCAAUCAGACCAAAUGUGCCUCCAACAACAAGGCUUUGGUGUCGGGAAGUAAGUGUCGGAGUCUUUCCACAAGCGGAGCGAAGGGGCUGAGCACUUCGGUAAAGUCGUUGACUCAGUCGGUGGGACGCAGCUCCAGUGCUCCAUCGAACGGGAAGGCGGUGGGUCGGUCGGCGCAGGUAGCUGCUUGUAAACCCGGCAAAGGAACUAUCAUGGGGACCAAGCAAGCGGUACGGGCAGCGAACAGCCGCGUCUCCGAGCUGGCCUCUGGAGUCUCCCCCGGAAAGACGAGCCACUUGAGAGGAUCGGCCGAUUCGGACAGCGGCAAUGACAGUGGGGUCAACCUGAGCGAUGAAAUCACCCAGAUACCGGUCCUGCCCUCUCCGUACAGUAAGAUAACGGCUCCCCGGCGGCCUCAGCGCUACAGCAGCGGGCACGGCAGUGACAACAGCAGCGUGCUCAGCGGCGAGCUACCGCCGGCCAUGGGGAGGACGGCCCUCUUCUACCACAGCGGUGGCAGCAGUGGUUACGAGAGCAUGAUCCGCGACAGUGAGGCCACAGGGAGCGCCUCAUCGGCUCACGACUCCAUGAGUGAAAGCGGGAUGUCCUCGUCCAGCCGAAACCGAACCGCAAAGUCCCCCAAGAAGCGGACAACAGGUACCCAACGUCGCCGGCUGUUACCAGCCCCUCUGCCCGACACUUCGUCCCUGGGCCGUAAGCCAACGGGCACCACGGGGCAGUGGGUAGACCUACCACCCCUGCCGGGCACCAUGAAGGAAUCGUUCGAAAUCAAGGUGUACCAGAUUGAUGAUGUGGAACGCUUACAGAGACGCAGGCAAGAGGAGAUGGAGGAACCAUUCCAAGAUGUGGAUGAGGGCCUGACGUACUUCAAUUUAAAACUGAAGGUGUUGGAGAAGCGACAGCAACGCAUAAGGGAAUUAAAGACAAAGCAUGAGCUGCUGAUGCAGGAGCUGGAGGAGACCAAGGGCAGGCUAAUGAUGGACCCUAAUAAAUGGAAAUCUGAGUUUGAAAUCGAUGUGGACCUGGAUGAAGAGUCGCUGGAGUAUCUCGAGGCACUGGAGGAGAUAACCGAGGAGCUCGAACAGCGUGUGAACCUAUGCAAGGCAAGAAUAAUGAUGGUGACGUGUUUUGACAUUGGAGUGAUCACCGAUGUGAUGGAUGGACCAAAGGAAGUGCAAGUGUAAAGCUAGUGGGAGAGCAUGAGGAUGGUUCUCUACCAUGAAAAGCAGGCAGAACUUGAAGGAAGAGGAACUGUGGUUGAACAAAGGUCAGUGACGUCGAGAGAGAGGAAAGUGCAAGAACGUGUUGAGGGUGAGAUGAUGUGGUGACAAUUAAUCUUGAUGGUGAGCUGUGUAAAUCGAUACAGUGCCUCCAAGCCUAAAGAGAACGAAAGCUUAAACUGUUCAUGCAAGCAAUUUCCUUUCCCCGAAGGAAGAAAGAAGGCAAGAUAAACCGAACAAAGAACUGAAAAACCUUAAAGUGCCUUUUUGAUUCACUUGACUUAUUUGCAUUGGUGCUAGUAAAGAAACCAGCAUACCUAAGUAAGCACUGAAACAAAUUGCUUAUUUUAUAAUGUAUAUUGUAUUUAUAUAAUACAUGUAAAAACUUUCAUGGUAGCAAAGCAAUAAGUAAAUUAUGUUCACAUCCUUGACUUUGCCUUCUCGUUGAAAGGAGAGCCAUUCUAUAUUUUCAAUUUUAAUAUGUCCUUGUGUAUAUUAAUAUUCCAUGGUAUUCUGUUUCUAUAGUGUUUAAAGUUUCAUUCAUCUGAGCAUGUUAUGAAAUGUGAUGACUUUUUGAAGACUUUUUUAUAUGUGAUCUUGUCUGUUUUUGGGGGUCACUUCUUUGUACACAUUGCUAUUGGUGCAGAAGUGCAGAAUGAAAUUCCUAGUUUUUGAAUCUAGUUAUAAAUAUAUCGGUAGAGAACUCAUGGUGCCAACUGACCAGAGCUGAAAUUAUCAGCGAUAAUUCAUCACAGCCAGUGACUUACUUUGUGCAGUGAUUCCAAUAUUGUGAGUUAGGAAUGAUCAAAUUUAUAUACUCUUUUUUAAAACCAAAAACAGGCAUACAAGAUAAUAACAGUAUUGAUUUAUGAGACAUUUGAUUCUGUCAUUGAAAAAUAUUGCAACUCAGGAUUUCUUCCAAAAAUAAAACAAAUUUAAUAGGAGAUUUAUGUGAACAUAGGUUUGUGUAAAGUUUUGUUUAGCAUUUUAUACUGGCCAAAAGCCAUGAUUGUUAUGAAUAUUGCCGAACAACACCAAUUUUACAUGAAGAAAUAUGGGAUCAUAAUGCAUUGCGAAUGAUAUUUUCUGACAAUUUUUAAAUGUAAAGUUUUUUUGAAGCAUCUUUGUAUAAAUGUACAUUAUGGUAGUUGCAGUAGGUUUAUCUGUGAAUAAAUGACAUGCUGACUGGUAA